AUGAACAUAUUUUCUACGCUCCGGGCUUGGUGGCCGAGCAGAAAAGCAGAAAGUCUUGGACCAGCUGAGAUACUCCAGACUGAUCGCCGAGGAGCCAAGCCUUCACCAGUUCCAUAUUUCCAUAGCACAAGCCUUCUGACGAACUCGCAUGUGCCGAAUGUGGACAACCAGGCUAGUCUGAAUGUUAAUACUGAGACGCACGUGUUACUCAACACUUUUCCGGACCUUGACAGAGCAUGUCAGGUGGAGCCGCAGUGGGGGAGUCCUAAGUUUAUUAUGCCCUUAGCUCCUCUGGGCAUCAGCUCCUCCUUCACUCGUCAGACGAGCAGCAGUUUGAAAGGCAAAGACCAAAUCUGUGCCAGAAGUUCUCCCAAUGACAAGGGAGAGCGCAAUUGUAAUCUCUGGCCAACCUUGGAUGGAAUUACUGACUGUUUCUCUGUGGAACCCGAUGAGGACCUGAUUCAUAAAAAGGAGAGUACAGUAGAUUCUGCAGAGGAAUCCAGCUUCCUCACUGACAAGAAAACAAGCACCCAAGAGAUCGGCGACCUAUCACACUUUGUCCCAGUAGACCAUUUCGUCAUCUCUAAAGAAAAACAUGUUGCAUGCAUCACUUUAGACUUAUACGACCCAUUUGGCUCAAACGCUGCAAAAUCCAGUGCAGCAGCUGUACUGCCUGAAAAACCAGAGUUAAAAACACAGGAAAAAAUGCCUCAUAAAACUCACAAAACCACCUCGGAGUGCAAAACACGCUCCAAAAAGGACAGGUCUGUGGGUCAUCAUCAUCACCAUGGGACGCAGGUGUCCAAGAAGCAGGAAAAUGUACCUCAUCACGUCCCAACUCAACAGACCUGCAAAACACAAGAUAAUCUUCCUGGAGAGAACUGUACCAGACAGGAUACCGCAGAUGGACGUGAAGACAAGGAGGUCCAGUUGGUGAUUGAGAGUGGUGUCGGGGCAGAGAAGGGAAGUAGCAAGUCCCAUGGAAAGAAGAAGAAGAAGCACACCCAGAACACAGCAGCGGUGAAGGGUGUUACAGGGGAGCCGCUGGGAGAAGUGGAAAAUGGGACAGUGCCGCAAAGUGCAAAGGGGAGGAUUGAUGCAUUUGAAGCCAAGCUGGGAACUAAUACAGGGAAGGCUGUAAAGGACAGUAAUCUGUCAGACAGUCGGGAGAAAAAGUCCCAGAAAUCAGAGGCUAAAGAAGAAAAACCUCUGGCUUAUGCAGAACAUAAAGACCAGCCACCAAAAAGCGCUAAAAGUCCUCUGAGUGAUGAUGUCAUUAAAAGGCGACGCUUAUCACAGGAUAAGUUUGGGAAGAUUGUCAGUGCUUUGGAAUCUAAACUACCGAAGGCAGACGCUGGUAUCCAGGCAAAGGGAGAGGAAGCCAAAGCAGAUGUGGGAGCUACUCGUAAGAAGGCCUACAGUGAAGUGGUCAAGCAGAAACCAGUCCUACCUAAAGAAGACCCUAAGGUGGUGCAGCCCAUCCAGGCGGUGUCGGUGAGCAGAGACCCCCAGAGCCUAUGCCUUUGGUGUCAGUUUGCAGCUGUUUUCACCGACUACACUGUGACCUGGAGCAGAGAGGGCACUACCCUGGCUGAGACCAAGAGGAGUGCAGGGGAUGAGAGCAGAGUGUCCCUGACCAUCUCCAACGCCUCAAACAAAGACCUGGGCAAGUACCAGUGUCGGCUCAGCAGCUCUCAUGGAUCGGUCGUUCUGGACUACCUGCUCACAUAUGAGGUGCUCAGUGAGAUCGUCAUCCCUUCAACACCAAAGAUCAGCUCAUCUGCACCAGUAGAAGUAGAAAGUGAAGAGGAAGAUGUCCGCUGCUCCAGACUCAUCUUCAAGGAGGAUUUCUUAUCUGAGCAGUAUUUCGGAGAGAACCAUCCGGCCAGCAUCAUCACUGAAAAGGUCCACUUUGGCGAGGGGAUGCACCGCCGGGCCUUCCGGACCAAGCUCCAGGCGGGUCAGAUACCCCUGUUACUACCUGGACACUCCUGUGUGCUCAAAGUGCACAACGCCAUCAGCUAUGGGACCAAGAACAACGAGGAGCUCGUUCAGAAGAACUUUAACUUGGCUGUGGAGGAAUGUCAGGUCCAGACACAGCGAGAGAGUACAUCAGGCGUACGAUGCUGUUGCUCAGUCUUUGGAGGCGUUGGAGAGGUCCCAGAGUGA